AUGGGUUGUGUUUCGUCUACGCUGCUUAAUCAAGACGAUGAAUUUUCUCAAAUCGGCGGCUCGGCUGCUUUCAGCCAUCACAUUGUCUCUCUCACAUCCACUACGUACGGCCUCCUUACACUCGACCCGCCGUCGUCUGACCACCAUCCUCCCACUACCACUGUUCCUCCUAUGCCAACCCCACCACCGCAUCCGCCUCGCUUCACCCUUGGUUCUCUCUUCCCCAGCCCACUCUCCGAACCCCGUUCUCUCAAGUCCCACUCUCUCGAAACCAUCAACUACUGGGACUUCAUGUCCGGCCUCGAUGCCGAUCACAUUCCCAGCUUCCGCUUCUCCCCUCUGCCGUUGCCACCCUCUAAAUCGUUUAGUACUGCCGCAGUCUGUCCGGAUGAUGACGAGAAUUUGAGUCCGAAUGUCUCUAUAAAGUCCUUGAAGGAGGCCACUAGUUUGAGGAAACCAGAUGUUUCCAGGGAUUCAAGUUUUUUUGGUUCACUUGAUGGAUUUGAAAAGAUUUGCCCGCCAAAUGGGGAGCAUAGAUUAGUGAUCUAUACGACGACUCUAAGAGGUGUAAGGAAGACUUUUGAGGAUUGUAAUGCUGUUAGAUCAGCAAUCGAGGCAGUUGGGGUUUUGUUUUUUGAGAGAGAUAUUUCAAUGGACAAGGGGUUUAAGGAUGAAUUGAGGGAAUUGCUGAAGGGUAAGGACACUAGUGACUUGAUACCGCCAAGACUGUUUUUGAAAGGGAAUUAUGUCGGUGGUGUUGAGGAGGUGAUGAGGAUAGUGGAGGAGGGAAGUCUUGGAAAAUUGCUUCGGGGGUUGCCUAGAACCAGAGGUGGCUGUGUGUGUGAGGGGUGUGGAGGUGUGAGGUUCUUGCCCUGUUUUACUUGUAAUGGGAGUUGUAAGAUUGUGGUGAAUGAAGAAAAACUGGUGGAUGGGAAGCAAGGGGAGAAGGCCGUAGUAGUGAGGUGCAGUGACUCUCAAACUCAGGUCCCAGCCACUAAUCUGAGAAGGCGUCAAGGCGCUGAUGGUCCAAUUCCUCACUUGGAAAUUGCAACGGUGUUUUCACACAGUGCAGAGAGGGUACCAAUGCUGCAGUUAUAG